UCGAGAUGAAUAUCCGCUGCGCCAAGCCCGAAGAUCUGAUGAACAUGCAGCACUGCAAUCUGCUGUGCCUGCCGGAAAACUAUCAGAUGAAGUACUACUUCUACCACGGGCUGACGUGGCCCCAGGUCAGCUACGUGGCGGAGGACGACAAGGGGAACAUCGUGGGGUACGUGCUGGCCAAGAUGGAGGAGCCGGAACCGGGCGAGGAAAGCACACACGGCCACAUUACGUCGCUGGCGGUGAAGCGGUCCUACCGGCGGCUCGGCCUCGCCCAGAAGCUGAUGAACCAGGCGUCCAAAGCGAUGGUGGAGUGCUUCAACGCGCAGUACGUCUCGCUGCACGUGCGCAAAUCGAACCGGGCGGCGCUGAAUCUGUACACCAACUCGCUCGGCUUCAAGAUACUGGAGAUUGAGCCGAAGUACUACGCGGACGGCGAGGAUGCGUACUCGAUGCGGCGCGAUCUUUCCGAGCUGGUGAACAACAGCGACCGGCCGCCGGCGGAACGGAACGAACUGAACGAUGUCGGGGGCGACGAGCGGAUAGUAACGAACCGUCAGAAGGGACCGGUCGUGCUGCCGCAUCAUGGCGAUGGGCACGCGGGACACGAUGGCCACUGCUGCUAGCCGGAGCGGUCGUGGGAGCUGGGGCGCGAACGGGCCGUAAUCGAAUCGAGGAAGGUUAGCUGUCUAGGGAUGGAAACACGAAGAACAAUGAAAUUUGUGACGGAAAAAGAUACUUUUUUCCAUUCUUAAAUUUAAA